AUGUACAAUUCUUCCUGUGGUCACCAGGACAGAGCUAGUCCGUCCCCCUCCACCCUGCCGGAAUCCCCUGGUCACAACUCUCCUGGUAUCGCCUUACUGCUGGAUCUGAAGAGGGUGUCUGUGUGGCUGGUCGACUGCAGGAAAACAGCAGGGCAGAGUGGAACUGUGAGAGGACACGAGGAGGGAGAUUUGAUUUCAUCAAGGGACACCCCUAACCGCCGUUCUCGCAGUGGGAGGGGCUUAUCAUCUGGGGCGCUUCAACCAUGUCAUGUUGCUGACAAGACAGAGAAGAGUCUCUCCAGAUCAGAACGUCUCAAGAAACACCAGCAGAGACGUAUAGGAAAGAAACCUCACCACUGCUUCUCUGACUGUGGGAAGAGUUUCACAAGCCAGAGUGGCUCCAUUAUUCACACCGUAGAGAAACCGUACUGCUGCUCACAGUGUGGGAAGUGUUUCGCUGCUUCUAACACCUUCAAAUCUCAUCUGAGAAUUCAUAAAGGGGAGAGGCCUUACCCGUGCCUUGAUUGUGGGAAAAGAUUUUCUUAUUUGGGAGCCCUGAACAUACACCUGCGAACACACACAGGAGAGAAGCCUUAUAGCUGUGAUCAGUGUGGAAAGAGCUUCAGUCAAUCUGGGACCUUAAAUUCACACCAGCGAACACAUACCGGAGAGAAACCUUAUAGCUGUGAUCGGUGUGGGAAGAGAUUUGCUCAGUCAAGAGAGCUGACUAGACACCUGCGAACACACACAGGAGAGAAACCUUAUAGCUGUGAUCAGUGUGGGAAGAGCUUUGCUCUAUCAAAAGCCCUAACUAUACACCAGCGUAUACACACUGGAGUGAAGCCUUAUAGCUGUGGUCAGUGUGGGAAAAGCUUCAAUCAGUCAGGCAACCUGACAACACACAAGCUAACACACACUGGAGUGAAGCCUUAUAGCUGUGGUCAGUGUGGGAUGAACUUUGCUCGAGCUUCCACCCUGAAUAGACACAAGCAAACACACACUGGAGAGAAACCUUAUAGCUGUGAUCAGUGUGGGAAGAGCUUUGCUCUAUCAGAUAAACGAACUAUACACCAGAGAACACACACUGGAGAGAAGCCUUAUUGCUGUUACCAGUGUGGAAAGGGCUUUGCUGUAGCUUCCACCCUGAUUAGACACUAUCGAAAACACACUGGAGAGAAGCCUUAUAGCUGUGAUCAGUGUGGGAAAAGCUUUGCUGUAGCUUCCACCCUGAAUACACACCAGCGAACACACACUGGGGAGAAGCCUUAUAGCUGUGAUCAGUGUGGGAAAAGCUUUGCUGUAGCUUACAACAUGAUUAGACACCACCGAACACACACUGCAGAGAAACAUUAGAUAGAUAUGCAGUACAGGUAAGCCCUGUUGAUAGCUGCCAACAAGCCAUGAUGGGUGUGUCAAAGAUCAGUGGUUGGCUAGCUAGGGGCUUCUAAAAAUGUACGUUAGCUAGAAAGCCACUGAUUGUAACGUUAGUUGUGUGUAACGCACGUUACCUUCCUCACAGG